CUUACAGAAAUAGUCAGCCGGAAGCGUAUGUGAUUAUUCUAUGCGAAUCCAGAUCUUAUGCAACUUACCGAUUAUUAUUUUUAAACAUUGAAGUGUUUUCUUUUUAUAGUCUCCUAACCUUUGAUAAUGUUUUCUAAUAAAAUAUCCAUCAUAUUUAAAAGAAGUUUUAAAGCUACUCUCCCAUUAGCUAAUCAGGCUUUGUCUAAACAUACUUUGCCUGAUUUAGCGUAUGAUUAUGGUGCUUUGGAGCCUACAAUCUCUGCUGAAAUUAUGCAACUCCAUCAUUCAAAGCAUCACGCUACCUAUGUAAAUAAUUUGAAUAUUGCUGAGGAGAAAUUGGCUGAAGCCGUUGCAAAAGGUGAGUUACUGUCUGCCAUAAAAUCUGACUUUAAUAAUCUAGAAAAUUUACAAACUCUCUUGAGUGCCGCUGCAGUUAGUGUUCAAGGGUCUGGCUGGGCCUGGUUAGGAUUCAAUCCUACAUCAAAGAAAUUACAGAUUGCUACAUGCCCAAAUCAAGAUCCAUUACAAGCAACAACAGGUCUAAUUCCCCUAUUUGGUAUUGAUGUUUGGGAGCAUGCUUAUUAUUUACAGUACAAGAAUGUUAGACCAGACUAUGUUAAAGCUAUUUGGAAAGUAGCCAAUUGGAAAGAUAUUAGUGACAGAUAUUCUAAAGCCAAAAAUUAAAUACUGCUUGCUACAAGUUCCUUACCCAAAGUUAUAGAUUUUGUAUUUAGUUCCAUUAUAUAACUACAUAUGAAUAAAGAUGUAUGUCAGUGUUUAAAAGUAUUCUGUUAAAUAUGAAUUUUAAUGUAAUAUCGAAACAUGUUAUUUUUCUUCAAUAUAUAGCUUAUACUCUUAAAAA